AUGAAGAUGAUGACUAUGAAGGAAGAAGACGACUAUGAGAAAAAAAACCAAGAAGAAAAAGGGUGUGAUGAAGAAGAUGAAUACGAAGAAAAAGAAGAAGAAGAAGAAGACCAAGAAAAAGACGACGAAGAGGAAGCAAACUAUGAAGAAGAAGACUACGAAGAAAAAGUAGACUACGAAAAAAAGAAUACAAGGAAGAAGAAGAAAAUUAUGAAGAAAACAAAGACUACAAAUGCUAUGAACAUUUACAAUAAAGAAGAAGAAUACGAUAAAAAAGACAGCGAAGAAAAAGAAAAAAGACUAAAAGGAAAGAAGACAACUAUGAAGAAGAAUAAGAAGAAGACUACUAUAAAGAAGAAGUCUACAAAAAGCCACGAAGAAAAGGAAGAUUACAUAGAAGAAAAAGAAGGAGACUAA